CACUCUGGCUACCGGCUAAUGGUCGUUCCCGAGCAGAGUGUGUUAUACACAAAUAAUUAUUAAUAUUUGCGCAUUUUGAUUUUUACACACAUUAUAUUUCAUCAUUGACUAUUGUCGGCUGUAUUAUAUUUGUUCGACGUGACACCUGCACGACCGUUCGUGAUAAAAACUGUUUAACUUUCUCCAAUUCGUUUGUUUGUGUUUUCAGAAAUUCAGUUAUCCAUUACUUUGUUGAACCUUAGGUAUUGUAUAAAAUCAAAAAUAUAAAUUUUUGUUUGGUUAUUAUCGUUAUUCAAUUUAGAUUUUUAAUAAUAUUGUAUGCGCUGUUAUUAUAGAACACAGUUUUCAUAUAAUAUUUUUCAGGUAUUAAUAGCAAUUUAAUAAAUACGUGUUAAAUUGUAUAGGUUGUUAUCAGUAAAUUAUGCCAAACCAUAAUUUUUCGAUGUAUAAAUUUAAACCUUUCCAUUUUACGGUACUAAAGAAAAAUCACGAUCCAUUCAAAUUGCCUUUAGCAAGAAGCGGUCACCGUGUAGUGUGUACUGAUGAAUAUUUGAUUUCAUACGGAGGUUUUAACCCACAAACAACUGUAAGAAAACUUUUUCAAUUUUAAUUGUUUUAUUUGAAUUUAAAAAGUAUCUAAUAGAGGAAAACGUUUUUAACAAGCACUGACCUGCCUUUAAUCGUUUAUAUUUCUUUCAAUAAACAUAUUACAUAUUAAUGUUGAUUUUUGGUUAUUUAGAAUGCUAAUGGUGUACGAGUGUCAUCAGCUUUGCGUGAGCUUUGGAAAUAUUGUUUUGAUUUAGGUGAAUGGAAAAUAAUAAUGUGCCAGGACGUUCCACAGGAAUUAGCAUCAAGUUCAGUUACACUGUCUGGUAGUAUUAUCAUUAUAUAUGGAGGUACUGGUGUUCCUUUUGGUGCUUUUUGUAGCAACCGCAUGUUCUUGGGUAAGAUUUAAAAAAAUAUUAUUAUAAACUGAUACUAUUAUUAUUUAUAAUAAUUCCAGGGAAUUUGGCAAAUGAGUAUGAACUUGGCGGAAUGAAAUUUGAAGAAUUACAAGUAUCUGGAGCUAUUCCAAUGCCAUUAUAUGGCCAAGGUGUUGUGAUGGAUGGUAAAUAUAUUUUCUCGAUUGGUGGUACAUCAGGAAAUCAAUACGAAAUGGACGUUCACCGACUCGAUCUGAGUACCAGAGAAUGGGAAUUAUUAUACCAUGCACGCGGGGAAGUUCAUGAACCUGAACCUAGAUAUCGUCACGAAGUGGUAUUCUAUAAUGAUAGAAUAUAUAUAUUUGGAGGCGGACGAGGAGGACCCAAUAAUAUUUACUACGGUUUUUCAGUUAGUAUAAAAUAUCUAAUGUUAUAUCUUUUUUAAUUAUACAUCCACGAUACACCUACAUUGUAUUAAAAUUAAAAUUUUAACAACUGUGUCACCUUAAGAGGUAAAUUGAUACUGAGCUAAAAAGCCAAAAUAUUUCUUCCAUACCAUUUAUCAGCAUUGUGUAAAUUAAACAUUUAUUUUUUUUUUUUUUUUUUUUUACAUUUUAAAUGCAAAUCAUUUUUGGAGAAAGGUAAAAUAUUUAUAAUAUGCAAACUCUUGACAAAAAAAGUGAUCUUGCAACUGUAUCAAGGUGAUAUUUUAGAUUCAGAGCAUAGCGAGGAAUAUUUUAGUUUUUCAACAAUUUUUUUUUUUUUUUACUUGUUAGCAAUUUUUUUACCGAAAAUCUUCCUCUGAUGUAUCAAUUGUUGCAUCUUUUCUCAUAGGACAUUUUAUCUAGUUAGUAAUUUAGAGAGGUUAUUUUCAAUUUCCCAAGUGGUUUUCAUAAUAAUUAACGUACACAUAUACGAAAAUAAACGUACAUGUACAAAAAAAACUUUACUCCAAAUCCUUUUUUGUUAACAAUGUUUAUCAUUGUUACAUAUUUGUUUAUAAAUUAAAUUUCCCUCUAAAUUGAAUCUUACCAACUUCUCGCCUAAAACAGUGGCCUACUCAUCAUGCAAAGUAUAUCUGUCUUUCUAGUUUAUAUUUUGCCAAGAUACCACUUUUAGAUUAAAAGAUAUAAAAUAAAAAAUAAAAGUAAAUUUCAAAAAAAUUGUACUUUUUUAUUGAAAUUGUGCGCAUUAUGAAUAUGUUAUGGUAAAGUAAGACUAAGGUCCCUUCUCACCAAUGUAAACAUUGAUUUUUAAACUGAUUUUAUAAGAUAAUUAACCAAUCGUGGUCGGUUAUUAGCCAUAAACACAGUUUAAGAAUCAAAUAAAUGCCUUUUUUUUUUUUUUAUGUUGGUAAGAACGGCUAUUAGUCAAUCCUAAGUUUUACUAACCACUGUCCAUAAAUGUUUAAAUUUUGGUAAAACCCUGAAAUGAUUUUAGUAAUUUUUAACAAACUAGUUGUUUAUCCUAAAAUUUACCAAAUUUUGUUUGUAAAAUCUAAACUACAAAAAGACAAACAUACUUUAGACAUACAAUGGGUGGGUCACUGUUUUAGGUGAGAAGUUGGGAAUGUACUCUAUAAAGGGAAUUAAAUGUAUUUUUGUAUGUAAUGAUUAAUCAUUGCUAAUGAAAAACGAUUUGAAGGGAAGUUUGAUUUUAAAACUUAUAAAAAAAAUAAAAUACUAAAUAAUACUCUAUUAUUUUUACUACUAAGUACAAAAUUUAAUGGAUCUCUUGUUAAAUACUCAAGCAUUUUUCUUUGUACUAAUAGUUUUUAUCUACAAAGUUCCUACCAAAUACAAAUUAUAUGCAAAACUCAAAACUAAAAUGUCUACAUAUAAUAGCUCAAAAGUGGCUUUUAUUUUAUCACGUCUAGAAAAGGCCAAUAAAAGUUUGCUAUCCAAAAUUCAAGCAUCUAAGAAUAUUUUUAACUGAAUCACAACAAAAAAACAAAAUUGAAAUUAAUAUAUUUCGUAAAUUAUCUUGUUUAUCAAAUUUUUAUGAAAAAUCAAAAAAUGAUCAACCAAAAAUAAAUUCUUUUCAGGAAACGUUCUACACUUGAAAAUCGAACCAAGUUAUCUGGUAGAAAAUUUUUUUACAGAUAAAAAAAAAUUAAUAAACAUUGUGAAACUAAUUCCUUGCUGUUCCGAAUCUAAAAUUAUUUUAGUUUUUACCGCUAACCACUACCACUUUUAACUACUAUCUUAUUUCUUCUCUUUAAUGUAAUUAACAUUUUCUUUUGUGUUUAACAUAUAAGUAAACACUGUUUAUUAUAUUGCUUGCUAUAUUCUGUCCCACAAAAAAACACAACUCGCUCAUGCAUCAAAAUAAACACGUUCCACCAUUUCAUGGUCAAAUUCUCCCAUCAUACAAUUACUGGUCAAUUUUGGUAUAUUUAAAGAUCGAACAAAAUGUUUCAUAUAUUUUUUAAGUACUGAAUAUUAUUUUUUGUGUGUAUAAAAAACAAUUUAAAAAUAAUAUCAAUAAUGCAUCAAUAGAGUAUUUCUAAUUACCUUUCUUGAACUAUAUUGAUGUAUGUACUAAUAUUAUUAUGUGUCUAUAGAAAAUCCAUAUGUUUGAUUUGACCAUAAAGCAAUGGGACUUUCUCCCUGCUAAGCAGGAUCACAAGGUGCCAAGACCUGGUUAUCCGAAUAACCGAAGUUGUCAUAGCUGUGUUCAGUGUCCGGAAAAUCCCAAUCUGGUAUAUGUAUGCGGCGGUUUCAAUGGUUUACGAGCAUUUAACGAUGUUUGGCGUUUCGAUUUAAACACCUUGCAGUGGGAAAAACUCACCAAGUGUACUUUACCUCGACCUGUAUAUUUCCAUUCAACUGCUGUAACACCUGCUGGUCGCAUGUGCUGUUAUGGCGGAAUUGUUUCAGCGGAUGAUCUUCAAAUCGCUGGUGGUCGAUCAAAUGAUAUAACUAGUGCAUGGAUCACAAUACCCAAAUUGAAAAUAAUCAGUUGGGAAGCUAUGGUUCAUUAUUUUAAAGAACAGAUGUUUGAAUCUAGCAUUGAACAAUUAAAGAAAAUGGGUUUGCCUCGUGAAUUUUAUAACAGAAUAAUUGAAGCUAGGAGAAUCAAUCCUUCGCUCAGACAAUGAUUUUAGUCAAAUUAAAAAUAAAUGACUUUGACAAUGUUUGAUAGAAUGUAAAUAUUAUUAUUGAAUGUAUAAUUUUCAAAAUUGUCACCAUAAACUUAAUUAUUUAAUUAUUGUUGUUGUUUAUUAUCCUGAAAAUAAUUUCCAACGAAGAAGAUAAUACAACAAGAAAAUAUUCCUAUCAUUGUAAUUUAUUGUAAUUUAUAGAUUUUAGUUGAAUCUAGUGCUUUAAUAUUUUUUAGUUAUUUAAACUUAAUUAUGAAGAAUAAUUAUGUUUUGGUAACAUUAAAUGUGAUUAAAAUAUCAAAUGGUUUUUCUCCAAUUUAUUACUACUUCCAAAUUUAAAACAAAUAUUUUAAUAAUUAUGGACUCUAAGUACAAUACAUUGUUUUUUUUUUUUUUUUAGUAAAUAAAACAAAAUAAUUGUUUUUAUAAUUAGUGUUAAUGUAACCACAAUUUGUUGAACAUAACUAUCACUUCUAUAUUUAUAAUGCAGUUUUAAAAAUUAUCUUUGUAUUAUUGAUAUUGUUAAUAAUUAUAAUUAACAAAUUUAUGUACUUUUAAUAUUAUUUACAAGUUACAAUUUGUUUUGUCAAAAAAAAAAAAAAAAUUAUGUACAUAUAUAAUAUGUGUACAGUAUAUCAGUACACACAUUCACAAUAAUCUGGUAAAUUAUUCAUUAGCCAAAUUGAAAAAAAAAAAACAUCACAGAAAAUAUUCACUAUAAUAAAAUGCCUUUGGUUUAUAUACAAUAAAUUUAUAACAUAGAUUCUAAUAAAAUAGAAUUAAGCAUGAAGUAAAGUGUGUUAAUUUCACCCAACUCAUGAUAUGCAGUCUGUAAAUUGUUUGGCUAAUUUGCAUGAUUUUGAUUCUACAUUCUGAAUGGCGUUCCUAGGUGCAGAUGAUC